CUUUUCUAAGGGAAGAGAUUGUUGAGUUUUUCCCUUGUCCCUUCAUUGAUACAUUUAUUUAAUGCAAAACGUGUUUUUACAAAGAUCAUCCGAUCCUAAACAACCGUAAGAGUAAUUCUGACAAAUUUUCCUUUCUUUCGGACUUUGCUGACAACACAGGGUUCGCAUUAUUUUUAAUCAAGGCAAGAAAAUCUUCUGAGUUUCAAUUUCGAACACCAGAGCUUUUACGAUGUUUGCUCUGAGAAAAAGAGCAUCGAAAAGUUGAAUUCAAAAUUUUUGAUAUUAAUGAUCUAUUCAAUUGUACUUUACUUUAUAACUUUUUGUUCUCUAGAAAUUCAUUUCCAGUGAUUUUUGAUGUUCUUCCACGGUCCAGCGCCAAUUACCAUUCUCAGCUUCAGAACCACAAAACAAAUUGCACGCACGUCAAUUUUCAAUACACUUCAGCCAUUUUAUUUCACACGCUUUACGUUAGUAGUUCGCGUGAUGAAAAUUGCGUAUAUAGUGGAUUGCGUAGAAUUUAUUUAUUAAAAUUUCGUUCAUGUUAAUAACAUUGCUUAUAAACCUUCUGGAACUAACUAGGUAACAAUGAAGGAUCGCGUAAAAGAAAAAAGGAGAACGACAACAACAGCAUUAAGGGAUUAUUAAAGAAAAACAAAUCCCUUUUAUUAUACUUCUGAGAAAAACUGGCCGGCAAAAAACAGCUUAAGUGUUAAUUGGAUUUUACAAAACCUUGUUUAAUUCAAUGAAUUGAAAAUUGAAUAAAUCGAAGUUUCAAAGAGGCGAGAAACUUUGAGAGGGGGGAUUAGCAAAUAAUUUAUCUUAAUCACCGCAAGCGCACUGUCAGGCUAGAGCAGAUUACGACAAAGAGCGUACCGGUUUGCAAAGUAGUUUGGGAACGCAGCCCAGCUAAUCGCCCGGUGGUCAGAAUCUUGAAAAACAAAACAAAAAAAGCCAUUGAACAUAAAUGAUUAAUGAUGCAACUAUUCAAAUGAAAUACAUGAAUUUUAGCUGGUAAAAAAAGUGUCCUACAGGGGCCACAACAAAAAUAAACUUGAAAUAGAUGUACUAAAAAAAGGUUGGCUGUUAAAUGUUCUUCAACGAGACAUCGCCCUAUAUCCUGUUUUGACUGGGGACCGAUGACGGUUUCUGCUUUAUAAUAUAGUCGAAUUUUUCAGUGAAUCUUAAUAAAAGUGUAAUUAAAUUCCUCAUAUUUCAUUCGAAAUCACAAGCUGAGUUAUGUAUGAUUUUAAUUGGCAAAAUUUAUUUCUCAGCAUGAAAUCUAUGCAAGAAGCCGGCAGAAUAUUAUAUUACAACAUAUCAAUUUGUCGCCUCGGUUGUUGGCGAGUUUUGGUUAGUCACACGGUAUUUUCGCAAGAAAGCAGUGUAGCCGUCCAGUUUUUUAAAAAUCCUCGAAAAGGGGCUACGAACUUGCUUCUGGCGUAAAACACGUGUCUUGUAGAUCGCGGAGAGAUCGUGUUUCUCAUAGAAAUUGCGACAUAGUAUCAGGCGGACUGUUUGCUGCCAUUAACGAGGUAAACCGCUUCAAUCGCCUACCAUCAUUUCGCACUUCAAUACGGAAGCGAUGAAAUUAUCACUGCCAGCAACUUUAACAGUUCUAGCAAUCCUUCCAGAAGUUUGUGGAAAUGAGGAUGGCACCGCAUGCGAACAAAGGACAGAAGAUGGUAAAUGUUGCGCGUUUCCAUUUACAUUUAUGGGCGAAGAGAAUCUUUUUUGUACCAGUGGGGGACCCUCUAAGGAUGAUUGGUGUGCGACAACAGAUAACUUUGACCGCGACGGAGAGUGGGGUCGCUGCACAGGUGUAAAAUGCUACGUUUGCUCCAGUGAUGUGUCUUGGUCGGACUGUGAAUCCCAUCAGCAAGCCCACAACUGUCCGUAUACGUACGAUCAGUGUCUGACACUCAGCAAGGAGGCAGGAGUCAGUAACACAAGCCUGCUCUUCCAAAAGAGAUGCACAUCUAACACUCUAUGUACUGCAUAUAAUCCAACUUGCGACCGUCCCGAUGUUCUCAAGUGUGACUUCAGCUGCUGCAUGGGUGAUUUUUGUAAUACUGCCUCACUAUUUUAUUCGACGCUUUGGAGUUUUGUUCCUUUAGUUGCGAUGACUUGUUACAUGUAUGCCUGAUUGCGUUCGGAUGAGUGACGUCAAACCGAUUACUGUUAGAAGCGAAAAUGAGUUGCACUGGUCCCGUCUUAUCGUAGCUACGUUUCAAAAUCUAGAAUCACAUUUGGCGUUGGGAAAAAACUACCUCCAGUUUGAUGGAGACUGUCAGCUGUUGGUUUAGUAUGAUAGAGAAAGUAGCAGGAAUGCCUAAAAUGGAGAAAAUUUAACUGGACUGAAAAUGAUGAAAUUGGAAAAUUGAGGCUGGCUUCUUCAAGUUACAUUAGUCGUGACGUAAAUGUAUCAUGGUUGCCACAGUCAAACAUAGAGUUUCCCAGACUGAUUGAAUUAACAAUUACGUACACGAGUCCUGAUUUACGCCUCCAACCUUCCCUCCUAAUUAAAAUAGAAGAAAACGAUCAGUGAUUUCACUCAUUUCACCAAAUUGAACGAAGAAGGGAAAGGAUAUGUUGGUCAGGAAUCCGUCAACAGUACAACAGAAUGUAGACGAGAGGGCCGAAUAUGUAUUUGAAAAUUCACUUUUCCCUAAUUUAAAGUGAAAUUCCCUCACUUUUCCCCGACUUUAAGGAAAUUCAUUUCUGACCUGUGGCGUUACUGUGGAAACCAUAAUUAUGUCUCCUUAGAUUCUUCACAUUGCCAAAUAACAUUGAGUAUUUGGCAGAAUCACGGACAAUAAAAUUCAAUGAUUCAAUCAGACCUGCUGUUACGUUGUAGGUUGAAAGCAAGAAAACAAUCCGGUUCAAAUCAAUGAGCAACGAAGUAAGUGGAUCUUCUUGGCCACUUAUAGCCAUACAAGGAAAUUUAGCAUGUUGGAAGUUGUAAAAAGCAAACCUUAAGCCACAUCAAAAAACAAACAAACCAGCUAGAUUUCAACGAUAUUAAAUACGUUCAUGCAUUAGUCAUUUCAAAAUCUCCUUCAUGAAACAAGCUGUUUUCUCACUAACAGGGAGACUAAAACUGAGUUAAACGUUAUGCUACUAAUAUACAGUAUACCCUUUAAAGGGAAAAGAACUGACUACUCAAUCUGGAUGAUUUCAUUUUCUUUUCAAUCAAAUAUAGUUUUGCUAAAGGAGAAUUAUUGAUAAUUUUUGAACUGAUCAAGAACUUGGCAUAUUUAAAUGUCUAAAUAAAUGUGUAAUGGAAAUAUAUGCAAAAAAUCUUAAUAUUCUA